GGCUGUAUCUCCUUCAAAAACCUUUUUGCUUUGUGGCUUGAAGAUGAAAGUUGGAGGCGUGUGAUGUUCUUUUGCUGAAUUAAAGAGGAAAGAUAAGAUGGAGUUGCUGUACUGUACAAUGGCUGUUUGUCUUGUGAGAUGAUGCUGUGGUGAGGAAGUUGCUGCUGAUAAUUUUGACACUCUAUUAUAUGGACCAACAACACAGCUACAUUCCUGAGGAAUGAGAGGAUGAAAGUAUCAGUGACUGCAGUAUUUAAAAGGGAAAGAGCAAAGAGACUAUAAACCCUGGGAUUUUACUAGUUUGCCUUCAGUCAGCAGCAAGGUUCCUGCACUACAGACCUGUUGACUCCAACGUGCUGCUGUAAUGUGCUUCCCUACUGAUGAUGUGAAGGUGUUCAGCUGUACCUGAAAGCACACUGUGUAAUGAAGCACGACAAAGCACUUUAGUUCAGCCCUGCUCUACACUAUGGGAUCAGUCGGCCGUCUGGCUUGGGAAAGUGGAAUCGUCUGGAUUACUGAAGUGCAGAUCUCUCUGGGAGCUGCAGUGGCUGCUGAAUGUUUCUGGAGUGCCGUGCUCUACUCACAUGUCCUUCACAGCAGCUUGCUGACAACUCUUGACACAAGACAGACACAAAUCAAUAGCUUGUUGUUAAAUGUUAGUGAGAUGGAAUUUCAGGGAGCCUUCAUGUUAAUGUCAUUUGGCACUUAUGUGGAAUGAACAUCAGGCAAAGCAGGCAUGAAUUUGGCUCCAAAAGUGAUACGAAGGCGAUCCUGGCAUCCCUGUAACUGUCUAAGGUGCUCUCUGGAAAGUGGGUGGCUGUGCAUGAAGAGUAAACUCAUCAUGGUCCGGGGUCAUUGGAUUUGUGCAGGUACAGGGUCCACGUCUUGGGGAGAGGAUGAGAAGAUGGAACCCUAAAAAGCUCACCAUGAAUGUUCAGUAAGUGAACAGGAAUCCCAGCAGAAUCCCAGUUCCCAUCUGGAUAUGCUACGGAGACUGAGCUGAAAAAAAGGAAAAGUCUCAAGCAGGACAACUAAGGACAAUCCGUUAUGUGCCAGGAAGCCACACUGCAAGAGGUUGCUUUUUCAGUUCAGCAUUAAGCAGAGUUCCCGAUCCUCUGAGGCAGGUGAAGAUGAAAAGGACCAGCGCACAGUGACGGUCAACCCCUCACACAUGAGAAAGGCAUUCAAGGUCAUGAAUGAAUUGCGGAGCAAACGACUGCUCUGUGAUGUAGUGAUUGUGGCAGAAACUGUGGAGAUGGAAGCGCACCGCGUGGUCCUGGCAGCCUGCAGCCCUUACUUUUGUGCCAUGUUUACAGGAGACAUGUCUGAAAGCAAAGCCAAGAAGAUCGAGAUAAAAGACGUGGAUGGGCAGACACUGAGGAAGCUGAUUGAUUACAUCUACACAGCUGAGAUAGAGGUCACGGAAGAGAACGUGCAGCUCUUUGAGGUAUUGCUGCCAGCUGCUAGUUUAUUGCAGCUGAUGGAUGUUAGAAAAAACUGCUGUGACUUUCUUCAGUCCCAGCUGCAUCCCACAAACUGCCUUGGAAUUCGAGCCUUUGCAGAUGUGCACGCGUGUACCGAGCUGCUGCAGCAGGCAAAUGCUUAUGCAGAGCAGCACUUUCCUGAAGUGAUGCUAGGAGAAGAAUUUCUUAGCCUUAGUCUGGACCAGGUUUGCAGUUUAAUAUCAAGUGACAAGCUCACAGUCUCCUCUGAAGAAAAGGUCUUUGAAGCAGUUAUUUCUUGGAUAAAUUACGAGAAGGAGUCUCGCUUAGAGCACAUGGCUAAACUGAUGGAGCAUGUUCGCCUCCCCCUUUUGCCCAGAGAUUACCUUGUACAGACAGUUGAAGAAGAAGCGUUAAUCAAGAAUAACAACACAUGUAAAGACUUCCUUAUCGAGGCCAUGAAGUAUCAUUUGCUUCCUCUGGAUCAAAGGCAAUUGAUCAAGAAUCCCAGAACAAAGCCGAGGACUCCCGUCAGCCUGCCGAAGGUAAUGAUUGUGGUCGGUGGGCAAGCGCCCAAAGCCAUCCGCAGUGUGGAGUGCUAUGACUUUGAGGAGGAGCGGUGGGACCAGGUUGCUGAGCUUCCCUCCCGGAGAUGUAGAGCAGGUGUAGUGUUUAUGGCUGGCAAUGUUUAUGCUGUCGGAGGCUUUAACGGCUCGUUAAGGGUACGCACCGUUGAUGUGUACGAUGGCGUGAAGGACCAGUGGACAUCCAUAGCCAGCAUGCAGGAAAGAAGAAGCACUUUGGGUGCAGCUGUGCUCAAUGAUCUCCUGUAUGCAGUGGGCGGUUUUGAUGGCAGCACCGGUCUGGCAUCAGUUGAGGCCUAUAGCUAUAAAACCAAUGAGUGGUUUUUUGUGGCUCCAAUGAACACAAGAAGAAGUAGUGUUGGAGUUGGAGUUGUGGAGGGUAAGCUCUAUGCUGUGGGGGGUUACGAUGGAGCAUCUCGCCAGUGCCUUAGUACUGUAGAGCAGUACAACCCGGCCACCAACGAAUGGACCUACGUAGCUGACAUGAGCACUCGGCGCAGUGGUGCAGGUGUUGGUGUUCUCAGUGGGCUGCUGUAUGCGACGGGAGGGCACGAUGGUCCCCUGGUCAGGAAGAGCGUGGAAGUCUACGAUCCAGGAACAAACACCUGGAAGCAAGUAGCAGACAUGAAUAUGUGCCGAAGAAAUGCAGGUGUGUGUGCGGUGAACGGUCUCCUCUAUGUGGUGGGAGGAGAUGAUGGUUCGUGCAACUUGGCCUCUGUGGAAUACUACAACCCCAUCACAGACAAGUGGACAUUGCUGCCAACCAGUAUGAGCACAGGGAGGAGUUAUGCAGGUGUUGCUGUGAUUCACAAACCAUUGUGACACAUAACCAAGCCAUUGCAAGGAGCAGAAGUGAAGUGGAUCCAGCUAGGUGGUGUUGGGAAGAUGACUGACCUCUGACUUGACCCGUCUCAUUGCUGUUACCAUCUUCACGUGACAAGUGCUAUGUUACAAACAUCAUCUGCUCUGCAGUGGAUUGCGUAGCAAAGCGAAAGUCCUUCUGGGGACACGUUCCAUGCUAGACACGAGGUGUUGCUUGUUGUCUGUGGUGCAAUCAACUGUUUUUCUCAAUGGCAAGUGUCCUGGGAUAAACACAGUGCUUGAACUGCAGGCACUGAAUUUCUUGUAUGAAACAAAACUGCGACGUUUGGGCAUGUGAGUAAAAAUGAACACUUCUGGAUUUCUUCACUACUGAUGCUCCGUACCCACUGUUGGUUGAACUGUUUUCUCACUGUACCCAGAGGGCAGACCUUACUACUGACAGUGGAAACUUCUGAGUACCAACUGAGAAACGCAGUCAGCAGGAACGGACUGGAACAGGGUGCUCUGGCUUGAGUGUGACGCUGCCUGUCAUACGUCUGUACAUGCCACUGGACUACUGUAUGUGUCCCCGAAAUGCGUGUCGUAUGGUGGAAAUAAAUACCAUGUGAUUUUUCUACUCGCCAUGAAUGCUGUUUCCUAUACAUGCUGGGCUAUGCCUUCCCUGGGGCUGAUAUCUCAGCAACACUACGACACAAAACCUCUCAGCCCCACAGAAAACGUGCUGCUCUGACAGGGUUCAUUGCUCCUGUGAAACAAAUACUGCUUGAAUAGAAACUGUUCCCUACCCGUGCAUCUCCCCAGUGCUGCCAGCUGUGCUGAAAGCCCCAGUUCUAACUCUGUCCAGCAUUUCAAUGCCAUUUCAUAAUAGAGCGUUUAGAUGUCAAAAGAAAGAUCUUAUGGUGCCACUGAUGUAACAGUGAUGCCCGUCUUACAGUCGGGCAGUGGUUAAUGAGCAUGGUAACGAACGUGCAGUGUAUUAAUGCUUCCAGAGUGUGGAGAUCUCUCUAAUCACUGUCAUUGUAACUGUUAGUUUAAUCUUCCCUGUACUGAAAUUGUUCUGCUGUCAGUACAAAGAAUUUAUAUGAUUAUUCAAAGCAGACAAAUCUAGAUAUAGCUGUGAUGCAGUCAUCUUGCUUACAUCACAGAUUCUCUUUUCUGUUUAAGAGGAUACUUGACUUGCAAAUACCUUCGUUUGCCUCCUAGUAGCUCUGACAUACACUCUCCUGCUGCAUUCUUUUUUUCACUCAUAUUCCAUGUGGAUCAGCUGAGGUUCUUCCUGCUGGGGGCAGUUGGCCUGCAGGACCAUAUCUGCUUGUAUUACUGUUGAGCUCCAGCACUAAGUGCUGUUCUUUCCUGGUGUCUUUCUCCAUAGGUCUGUCUAAAACACUCUAGGCAAACUUCUGCAGUAGGAAAGAAAAUUACCUAAAAAUCGAUUUCAGAGGGAUCUAAGGCUCAAUCACCUUGUACAGCUUUAGUAGGUGUAUAUGUUAGUUCUGUAAAUAAGCACAUUCCAAUGUGUGAGUUGACAUGGUCCUUGUACCAUGAGCGCCUGCUGUCACUGGGGGAAACAGUGCCUGCCCUUGCUGCUUCACCACCUCCCACAGAGGAGGGCUAACAAUAAUAAUUAGUCCUUUCUAUAAUGUCCUUUACGUCUCGCGUUGGGUUUUACAAUUUGCCAUGAAACGUGCCAAAAUAAUAACAUAACAUGCUGCUCUUUUUGAUGGCUGGUCUUAUUGCAAAAGCUGCUGAUGUUGGUGGCAAUGUAUCCCAGGCUGAAGCUGGCUUCAUAUCAGAGUCCUGAGAUACAUCGUGACAGUGACAUAAGCAAGGUGAUGCCUUGGCUUGGAGUGACUUUACCCCUAAAGUUGGUUGCCAGGUGUGUGCCUCGCAUGCAGCAUUUGGGAAUAUGGCAUAAAUGGGAAAGGCAAAGCUUUUUCGUCCAUUAUCAUCCCUUAUUGGAUGGAGAUCAGUCAAUAGGAUGGACAUGUAUUUGAGCAUGCCUGUCUCUUGUUAGGUCUCAAAUAAAUGUAGGAAAUGUGAAGCUAAAGAGCUUUGUUAUAGCCAGGUAUAGCUGCCAAACUGAUCUCAGUUGUAGCAUCGCUGGAACAAAGGCAAAUGUUAGCAAGAGAUAAAGAGCUUUUUUAAAUCUCUAUAUCACAAAAAGUGCUGAAGAGAUGCAAGUCUGAAGCUUGCUGGGUUGAUUAGAUGUCAUGAACGGUGAAUAUGCUUGAAAACUGGGUAAUAUUUUCCCCAAUGUAAAUUGCUUUAUAAACUUUCCUUGCUUAGAAGGCAAACAGGUUUUGGUGACUCUCUGUUAUUGCAAAAUGGCAUUUACUGAUGCUGGUAAGACCUGCGUCCUGCUGGACAGGGUUAGGGUUUGGCUAUUGCUGGUGCUCCUGGCUGCAGCCACAGCUCCUCCACCCCAACCAAUUCCCCUUCCCUUCUCAGAUGUUGCAGUGUUAUGCAAGCCAAGUGACCUCAUUUUCCAGCUAUGCAAUAUGAACAACUGUAACACACCAAGAACCAGCUGUAUCCCCUCCCCUCGAAAUGCUUUAGGAAUCUGUUUGUCUUUGGUGUGUUGUGUGUUUGUAUGAUCCAUCCUGAGCACCUGAGCCAGCCCCAUUAAAGACUGCCUUUUCCUAGGGCUGAAAGCUUAGCGUUAGUGCUAACAAUUGUACUGUAAAUAUCUUUUUAUAAGAAUUUUAAAUGACGUUUGGAUUGCUUUUUAUGGCCGCUAAUGACACCUGUGUUAAAUUCUGCAUCGGAUUCUUACUCUCCUGUGCAGUUCUUGCUGGCUGUGAUGUGGGUGUGAAUUUGUACGGAUUCUGCACAAGAAGUUUCAUGUCGUAACCAAGAUCUGGGAUAGCUCGUAUGUUGGUUCUGACACAGAGGAAGGACAGCAUUGGGCUCAAUGUUCUGAAACAAAACCCGUUACCUCAGUCACCAGCGCGCUGUUCCAUUGCUGGCUGCUUGAAAACACUUUCCGUGCUGUGAUUUCACUUUGCUUUCUGGUCAGCGAGGCUGAUGAGCUGCCUGCCUUGGUAUGAGCACUGCCUGUGGGUGGAGGCGUGAUGUGCCCAUAGGCUGCCAGAACUGAGUUACUACAGGAGGUUUUGUGAAAGCUUUACAAACUGAACCCAGGCAGCUCCUUGCAAUGGUCUGUUGGGAACUGAAGGCUUAUCUCGGCUCUUUGGGGGUCUCCAUGUGCUGACCCCUAUGGGACAUGGCUUUGGGUUUCCACAGGUUGACCUGGUACAAAAUCGUGACGUCAGGCUGGUGAAGAGGCUCACACACUGCUGGCUCUGCCAUACGUAAAGCGGGAUGGAUUUGCCUCAAGCAAUCUGCUGUUUAAACAACUUUGAAUUGAGUCCAUCUUUUCCAUUUGUGCCUAAUAGAUAAAUUGGGGGUGAUUAAAACCAAUUUUCGGUUCAUUCAGUUUCUCCAAAUAUUUUUUUUUUUGUACAGAUGUGCACUGUGCUGUAAUUGCCAUCAAUUUACUCGGCGCCAUUUGCAUGACAACACCGUGAAAGCUUCAUACUGUUCUCUCAUUUACAGCCUUUGGAGACCACAAUCUUUGCUAUCCAGUGAUGUGCGGUGCCUGAUUCACCCAGCUGAGGUGGUCCUUUGGCAGGUAGCUGCAGCUCCCUUCUAACCUGUGGGAUCCAUCGCUCAUAACCCAUAGCAUCGGAGCAGUUCCCCCCCAGCUUUGCAUUGUGCCCCUACAUCCCAUGCAUGUACCUACAGCCCGAUGCUCAAACAGCAGGGCUUGGGAGUCUGGUAGAUGCUAUGCUAUGAGUGUUUUUUCCCUUCUGCCUUUCUGGUUUAAUAAAUCAUUUUCCUUUACAGUGACAAUAAAGAAGCAGUCGAGGCUUUAAUUUGUAUAUUUUAUGUAUUAAAGGAAAAAAAAACCAACACCCCACCAACCAACCCACCACCAACCAAACGACUUUAAGAACUGCACAAGGUUGUGAAGCACUUUACCUGGGGGUGAAGUUCUUUGCUUGUGUAAAGCAGCUGCUGUUGGUUCCGUGGCUGACAGUAUCACAGUGAAUUGUGUCACCAUUCGAGCUCAUUCUUUAAUUAAAAGGUUCUGAGUGUGCAUGAAUGUGAGGGGUGGAGGAUGCUGCAAAACAGCUCCUGAUGGCGGCCUUGUCCAGGGCGAUGAAUGGUGCAGGCAAUGGCCUCCACUGGUGUAUUUAUAAGAAAAUCACCCUGUUCUCCGUACUUUAUUUGAAUAAAAACUGGACUAAUGUGA